CUUUAUCUUAAGAUAAUGAAUGCUCUAAACAAAUAAGAAUGAGAUAGAAGAUAAGAUUGUUAUUUUUCGAUUAUGUCAAUCAAAAAAUAUGGGAGUUAUAAGCCAUGAUUUUUCUCUCUCUUUGUCUUGAAAUUUUGAUUCGCUUCGUUUAUAUGUUUUCUUCUUAUAUUAUUCCUUAUAAGAAACAUGUAUAACACAGUUCACAUAUGGUAACGGCAGAUUGCCUCUUCGGGUGAUUUGCUCUCCUGUCGUCAGUGGAGUUGUAGUUUCAAUCAAGGUUGGCAAGCACUCCAGAUCGUGAUUUUUGCGGCUUGUGUUUUGCCUCGAGUAACGUGUUCGGACUUGUUCGUUGCCUUGACUGGAGAUUUUCCCGUUGCUGACUACCUCAAGCUUCGGGUUCUUGGAGAUCGGCAACGCAACAUCCUCUCUCUAAAUUCUUCUGUUGGUCGUUGUAGAGGCAGCUUGAGCGAACCAGAGAGGCAGUGCCGAGGUUUCGGAAGCCCUUGGCUUCCAAUUUCUUUACAUGAAAAAUUACUUCUGUGAUUGGCAAUUUAGCCUUGACGAAUUGCUUCUGCUUCUGCAUCUCUUUAUCUAUGGAUCAAACAUCAAAGCUUGUCAGAGCUCUUUUCAAGAACACCAAUAAUCCCAGACUUGCAUGGCAACUCUUCAAGCGCAUUCUGUUUUCAUCCUCUUCCUCCCCUUCUCCUUGUUAUCUUCGUUCCAUACCUAUCAUCGUACGUAUCCUUAUUGGCGCACAAAUGCAGGGGGAGAUCGAUGAACUCCCUCAGCUUGUUCUUGUCUCGCAGCGCCAUGAUGUUGCCCUUGUGUCUCUCACUUCCUUCAUUCAAAUCCUGGCAUCAUCUGGCCACCUUGAUAAGGCUGUCUUACAUUUCAAAUCCCUUAGAGCUCGAUUUCCAGCAAUGCCUCCGACCAUUUCCCUAUACAAUGUACUUCUUCGAUCUAGUCUUAAAGGAAAACGCUCAGAUUUUGUUAAAUGGCUAUACACAGACAUGGUUUCUGCUGGGGUCAAACCAGAAACUUAUACACUUAAUCUCUUAAUCCAAUUCCUGUGUGAUUCUAGCCGUUUAGAUGAUGCUCGAGACCUGUUUGAUAAAAUGUCUGAAAAGGGUUGUCAGCCUAAUGAAUUCAGUAUUGGGAUUCUUGUUCGUGGAUUUUGUCGAGCUGGGUUCACUGCCCACGGCUUAGAUAUUCUUAACCAGGCAAAGAAUGGUCACCCUUCCCCAAAUAAGGUGGUGUAUAAUACUCUAAUAUCUAGCUUUUGUAGAGAAGAUCGAACUGAUGAAGCUGAAAAAUUGGUUGAAAGGAUGAGAGACCAGGGUCUGUUUCCAGAUGUUGUUACUUUCAAUUCUAGGAUAUCGGCCCUUUGUAGAGUGGGAAAAAUUUUAGAAGCAUCAAGAAUUUUCAGAGACAUGCAAAUGGAUGAAGACUUAGGACUUCCAAGGCCCAAUAUUGUAACUUACAAUAUAAUGCUUAAAGGAUUUUGCAAGGAAGGCAUGUUAGAGGAAGCAAGAGCUCUUCUUGACAAAAUGAAGAAAGUUGGUAAUUUUAUGACACUAGAAAGUUAUAACACAUGGUUGUGGGGUUUAGCUAGAAUGGGAAAAUUAUCAGAGGCCCGUUUAGUUCUCAAUGAAAUGCUGAAUAGAGGAAUCAAACCAAACAUAUACUCCUAUAACAUUAUAAUGGAUGGACUUUGCAGAAAACGUAUGCUAGCAUAUGCAAAAGCGUUGAUAGAUAUGAUGAUAAGUAAUGGUAUUUGCCCCAACACCGUAACUUAUAGUACUCUCCUGCAUGGGUUCUGUAGCAAAGGGAAGACUAUUGAAGCAAAAAAUAUUCUUCAGAAAAUGAUCAAUGAUAAUUGUUCCCCAAAUACUUACACUUGCAACAUAUUAUUGCACAGCCUUUGGAAAGAAGAGCGAACAUCAGAAGCAGAGGAAAUGCUGCAAAAGAUGAACAAAAAAGGGUGCCAGUUUGAUACAGUGACAUGCAAUAUUGUGGUCAAUGGUCUUUGUAGAAGUGGUGAAUUGGACAAAGCGGUUGAAAUUGUUAAUGAGAUGUGGACUAAUGGACCUGCUUCCCUUGAUAAAGGAAACUCGAUUGCCAGCCUAGUAAAUGAUAUCCAAAAUGUAUCAAAUAGAUUUCCAGAUGUGAUCACUUAUGCAACCAUAAUUAAUGGGCUAUGCAAGGUUGGGAGGCUUGAGGAAGCAAAAAAGAAAUUUAUAGAAAUGAUGGCAAAAGGCUUACACCCUGAUUCUGUGGUCUAUGAUUCGUUCAUUCAGAGUUUCUGUAAACAAGGAAAGAUAUCAUCUGCCUAUCGUGUCCUGAAGGAUAUGGAGAGAAAUGGUUGCAGCAAGACUCUUCAAACUUACAAUUCAUUGAUUUUGGGCUUAGGAAUUAAAAACCAAAUAUUUGAAAUAUAUGGUCUGAUGGAUGAGAUGAGAGAAAGAGGGAUAUGUCCAGAUGUUUGCACAUAUAAUAAUAUAAUUAGCAAUCUUUGUGAUGGAGGCAAUAUUGAGGACGCCACUUCUCUUUUACAUGAAAUGCUGGAUAAGGGCGUAACUCCCAAUAUAUCUUCCUUCAAAAUAUUGAUAAAGGCUUUCUGUAAAUCAAGUGACUUUGUAGUUGCAUGUGAACUAUUUGAGGUAGCUCUGAGUGUAUGCGGUCAAAAGGAACCCUUGUACAGUUUGAUGUUCAAUGAAUUACUUGCUGGAGGACAAGUAUCUGAAGCAAUGGGGCUAUUUGAAGCUUCAUUAGAUAGAUCUCUUGGGUUGAAAAAUUUCAUGUAUAAGGAUCUCAUUGACCAACUUUGCCGGGAUGGAAGGUUAAAUGAUGCUAAUGUUCUUCUUCUUAAAUUGAUUGAUAGAAAAUAUGAGUUCGAUCAUUCAUCAUUCAUGCCAGUGAUUAAUGGCUUAAGUGAAAGGGGUGACAAGCGACAAGCUGAUGAACUUGCAAAGAAGAUGACGGAAUUGGCUUUAGAAGAUGGAGUUGGAAAUAAGACUUGUAACAGUGAAAGAAAGAACAUAGAUGGAAAACUCAAUAAGGCUGCUGGGAUUGACUGGCAGGAUAUUUUGCACAGGGAUGAUGGCAGUGGAAUUGCAUUAAAAACUCUCAAGCAUGUACAAAAAGGCCGAGGUCAAGGGAGUAUAUCAAGCUUGCUGCCUUUGAAAAAUUAUGUCGAUGACUACUAUGAUGGAAGCGGCUAACUUUCUGUCAAGUUUUCUAUUUUCUGGGAGAAGCAUGAUAAUGUAAAGGUUUGAAGUUAAAUGACAAGCUAAAAGGGCAUGAUAGAGAUUAUUUAUAAUGAUUGUAAUGAUGUGCUCCAUCCAGUCUUAAAUAUAUGAGAAAAUUAUGGUAAAUAAAAUUUUAAUUUAGAUAAAAUUUAGUCCUUAAAUUUUGACUUAAUAUUACUAUUUUUUUUUUUUGGCAUGCAUCAAGUAUACUACUACACUUUGAGAAAACUGGCUCGAUUAUUAUCAAAUUUACAAUAUCUUGUCCUUUUUAAUACAAAUAUGUUGAAAGUUGGAGGUCAUAGACUAGUACUUGCUGUUGAAAUCUUUUUCGAGAUAAUGAUAAUAAAAAUAUUGGCUAAAGUAUACCUUAAUUCUUUGAUUUUAAAAAAGGGUUUUGUACUAAACUCGUGAUGGCAGAGCAUGCAGUCUCUAUAAUUGGUCUAAUCAUAAUGGUGACAUUGUUUCUGCAUGAACUGGGUUAUUAUGUUACAACUUACACAGUCCAUCAGGUUUGCACUCUCUCUUAUUGCUUUUUUCCCCCUCAAAUUCUUUCUUCCAGACUUAUUUUUCAUGAUGAAGGAGAUAAGUCAACACAUCUCAAUUCAUGUUUAUCGCUUGUCAAAUAAUAUGCUUUUCUUGACGCAUUUAGCUCUUUCUUAUUUUCAGGAUUAAAAGCCCUAUAACGUUACUUGUAGAAGCAGGAAUUGUCUAGGAAGUAAAGUGACAAAAGAUGCAUCGGGCAGUCUAGACAAUGGCAAAUAUUAAGGAGCGCUUUUGAAGAAGAUUCCAGUGCAUGAAAAUAUGUUGUUUCCUCAUAUGGUACUCAGCCCUCGCAAGUGCUGAUCCCACCGUUGCCGUCUAUCUCACCAUCAAUGAAAGAGAUUGAAACCAUUAUGGAUGACUAAAUUGUCCUAACUUUUGAGGGGCCCCUCUAUCAUUACUUGUUCGCUAGAAGGGUUGUUCAAAUAAAAAUGCCACUUGGAUCUCAGAAGCUAAGUUUAGACAACUUGAUCCUGCACUGCUGGAAGCCUAUCAACUUUCUAUCUCUCCGGAGGAGCGUUCUUUACAGCAAGGGGGAAUUGAUAGGAAAUAUGGGAGACAUUAUUCUAGAAAAAAAUAAAUUCUCUUUAUGUUAUUUUAAUAUUUUGUAAGAAGGAAAAUAUAAAGCGUAACUUUAUAUGGACAAGGUGUUAAGGUUUCCUUUUGUGUUCUUUUGUAAGAGGAAAUAUGAAAGUUAGCUUUAUAUGUAGAUGUGAUUAAGGCUUCCUUAUUUAGGCAUGAGGGUUUUGUUAAAUAGAUUUGAUUGCACUUGUAAUGGAUAGACUUGAUGAAUGAAAUAUUGUGAUUGCAUAUUCAGAAGUUC